AAUGAGGAACAGCACGAGCUGGCGCACAAGAACGAGUACAACUUUGACCACCCUGAUGCCUUCGACUUUGACCUGUUUGUGGAGACGCUGCGGAAGCUCAAGGAGGGCAAACGCGUCGAUGUGCCCAUCUACAACUUUGUCACGCACUCUCGUGAAAAGUUUACUAAAACAAUGUACGGCGCAAAUGUGAUCAUUUGCGACGGCAUUCUCAUCUUCGCGAACAAGCAGCUGCUGGACAUGAUGGACAUGAAGGUCUUCAUUGACACUGACUCGGACAUUCGCCUGGCUCGCCGUCUGAAGCGCGACAUUCUGGAGCGAGGCCGGGACAUGGAGGGCGUCAUCAAGCAGUACAACCAGUUUGUCAAGCCCAUGUUUGAUUUUUACAUUCAGCCGUCAAUGGUGCACGCGGACAUUAUCGUGCCUCGAGGCGGCGAGAACAAGGUGGCCAUUGAUCUGAUUGUACAGCACGUGCACACGCAGCUACAGACGAAGGGCUUCAAGUUUAGGUCGAAGCUAGUCAAGAUCUUCAACGAUCAGCCACUGCCCAGCUCAAUGCAGAUACUACCUCCGACGACGCAGAUUCGCGGCAUGCACACCUUCAUUCGCGACAAGGACAUCUCCCGCGAUGAGUUCAUCUUCUACUCGAAGCGGCUCAUGCGACUGCUCAUCGAGUACGCCAUCUCCUUUCUGCCCUUCAAGAUGCAAAACGUAGAGACGGUGCCGAGCGUGGUCUUCUCCGGAAAGGUGCUCAACUGCGACAAGAUUUGCGGCGUCUCGAUUCUCCGCGCGGGCGAGACGAUGGAGCAGGCUCUCUGUGACGUCCUCAAGAACGUCCGAAUUGGCAAGAUACUGAUCCAGACGAAUCCCGCCACUAAUGAACCAGAGCUGUACUACCUGCGCCUGCCGAAGGACAUCAAGGACUACAGGGUGAUACUGAUGGACGCGACGGUGGCCUCCGGUGCGGCCGCCAUGAUGGCCAUUCGCAUUCUGCUCGACCACGAGGUGCCCGAGGAGAACAUCAUGCUAUGCUCGCUGCUGAUGGCCGUCUCCGGCGUCCACUCCAUCGCCUACGCCUUCCCUCGGGUGCUCAUGAUCACCACCGAGGUGGACCCGGAGGUGAACGACAAGUUCUACAUUCUGCCCGGCAUCGGAAACUAUGGCGACCGGUACUUUGGAACGGAAAGCUACGACUAG